GUGACGGUCCAGGCGCGAUGCAGGCGGCGAUGCAGCGGAUGGCGGGUCCGCGCGCGCUCCGCUCGGUUUGAUGCUACGCGCGUGCGACGAUGCGCCGUCUCGGGCUCGCGCUCCUGCUGACGGCCACGGCGAUGCGGCUCGCGCCCGCGGACGGACUGAGACUCGGGAAAGCGCGAGAGAAGCGGUGGAGCGGAGAACCGGAGAAACACGGCGGGACUCUGACGAAGAAGCCUCCUGAUGUGACGAAGUCGAGGAAGCUGAAGACUGAUCAUCUGCUGAAGGUGGAUGAUCAUGACUUUACUAUGAGGCCAGCUUUCGGAGGUCCUGCUAUUCCGGUGGGGGUGGACGUGCAGGUGGAGAGCUUGGACAGUAUUUCUGAAGUAGAUAUGGACUUCACCAUGACCUUAUACCUUAGACACUACUGGAAGGACGAGCGUCUGUCCUUCGCCAGCACCACCAACAAGAGCAUGACCUUCGACGGGCGUCUGGUGAAGAAGAUCUGGGUGCCUGACGUGUUUUUCGUGCACUCGAAGAGAUCCUUCAUCCACGACACCACCACCGAGAACAUCAUGCUCAGGGUCUACCCAGACGGCCACGUCCUCUACAGCUUAAGGGUGACGGUUACGGCCGCCUGUAACAUGGACUUCAGCCGGUUCCCUCUGGACUCUCAGACGUGUUCUCUAGAACUGGAGAGCUAUGCGUACACAGAUGAGGAUCUGAUGCUGUACUGGAAGAGUGGAGACGAGUCUCUGAGCACAGACGACAGGAUCUCGCUCUCACAGUUUCUCAUCCAGAAGUUUCACACUACCUCUCGUCUGGCUUUCUACAGCAGCACAGGCUGGUAUAAUCGGCUGUAUAUUAACUUCACUCUGCGGCGCCACAUCUUCUUCUUCCUGCUGCAAACCUACUUCCCCGCCACGCUGAUGGUCAUGCUGUCCUGGGUCUCCUUCUGGAUCGACCGCAGGGCCGUGCCCGCCAGAGUCUCCCUGGGCAUUACCACGGUGCUCACCAUGUCCACUAUCAUCACCGGAGUGAACGCCUCCAUGCCCAGAGUCUCCUACAUCAAAGCUGUGGAUAUUUACCUGUGGGUGAGCUUCGUCUUCGUCUUCCUCUCCGUGCUGGAGUACGCGGCCGUCAACUACCUGUCCACCGUACAGGACCGGCGAGAACGCAAGCUCAGAGACCGAGUCCGAGCUCAGUCUCUGCCGUGCACCUGCGGGAUGUCUCACACCAGGACCAUGAUGCUGGACGGGACCUACAGCGAGGCGGACACUAACAGCCUGGCCGGAUACACCGAGGCCCCCAUGGUUCCGGAGGAGGAGCCGGAGAAGCCGGAGCACAUGGUGGUUCACCUGUCCGUCAGCAGCGAGUCCACGGCCACCAAGAAGAAGAAGAACUUCAGCAUCAUCCAGAACACUCACGCCAUCGACAAGUACUCCCGCAUGAUCUUCCCCGGAUCCUACAUCUUCUUCAACCUCAUAUACUGGUCAGUGUACUGCUGAUCCCGCGGCCGUCCUGCUCCUUUUGCACUCGCUCAAGUUCGGACUUAAAGACUCUGGCUGACCUGACGUCCGGUCGGCUUCUUUUAACGCUGACUUUUGGCUACGCACACGACGAUUCCCCCUCCCCAGACUGGACUGCAGCUUCCCCGGCCAGCUUUCACUGGGAACACCGGGAGAGAGGAGGAUUCAAACGGGAAUCCCACCAGUUUUUAUACAGUUCUGUACAAUCCAGUGUUUGAAUUAGUCUCAUUCAGAGUAGGGGUUUUAUAGUAUAAAUGCUAAGCUAAAGCUAACUGAGACCGAUAUAAGAAUGUCAGAAGAACAUUUAUCAACAUUUCGAAAAGCUUAAUGGAAAGUUUUUUCACAUAAAAAGUAACAUUCCCAAAACUAGUAAUCACAGCAUUUAGAGAACAUUAAAAUAAUGUUAAAAGAAAUUAAUAGGAACAUAAACGUUAAUCCAGGAACGUUCUGAAAAUGUUUGUGACCUAAUAAGGGUUUGCGUCACAACGUUAUUUGAGUGUUUAUCAAGUUUAGCCUGUAACAUUACAUAAACAUUAAUCCAGGAUCAAAACUUUAUUAUAAUGUUUUGCACAUAACAUUCUCAGCUACACAAAUACUAGCAUUAAAAAAUGUUAAAAGAACAUUAUAAGAACAUAAACAUUAAUCCAGGAACGUUCUGAAAACAUUUGUUUGUUUCUUUGUUUGUGACGAAAUAAUGGUUUGCAUCACAGUGUUAUUUAAAAAUUUAUCAACAUUUUGAAAAAGUUUCAAGAAGGUUAGGCUGUAACAUUACAUAAACAUUAAUCUAGGAAUGUUCUGAAAAUGUUUGUGACGUAAUACUGGUUUAAAUCUAAAUGUUAUCGGAAUGUUUAUCAAUAUUUUGAAAUGGUUUCUCACAUAAUGUUCCUCUAAAUGAUUAUGAAAAUGUUAAAAGUAACAUUCCCAAAACUAAAAACGACAUUUAAGAAUAGGGGCUUAUUUUAAACUUCGGUAACAGAGAACAUUAUAAGAACGUUAGAAGAACGUUUGACAACGUUUUGAAAAUGUUUCAGGAACAUAAAAAUGAUUUGCAUUACAUAACUAUUAUAACGUUCCUCACAUAAUUAUCCCAGCUAGGGAAAACAUUAAAACGUUAUAAGAAUGUUUAUCAACAUUUUGAAAAUGUUACAGGAAGGCUAGCCUGUUUACAUAGGAACUACGUUCCAGGAACUUUCUGAAAACAUUUAUGAUGUGGUAAUGGUUUGCAUCACAACACUAUUAGAACGUUUCUAUAAAAAAUCCCAAAACUAAUAAGGACAACAUUGAAACAAGUCAAUUUUAAAACACUAAAUACAGUGAAAAACGUUCUAAAGACAUCUAGAAAAUGUUUGGAAUGAGAUUGAGAUUUGGUUGGUUUGGCAGACAGACAGACACAGACAGACAGAUAGAUAGAUAAAUAGACAGACAAACAGAUAAAUAGAUAGACAGACAGAUAUGAACACACAGAGACAGAUAGAUAAAUAGACAUAUAUAUGAACACAGACGGGCAUAAAUAGAUAGAGUUUAAUAGAUAGAUCAGCAGCUGAUUUGGUAAACAGACAGACAGACAGACAGACAGACAGACAGACAGACAGACAGACAGACAGACAGACAGACAGACAGACAGACAGAUAGAUAGAUAGAUAGAUAGAUAGAUAGAUAGAUAGAUAUGAACACAGAGAGACACAUAGAUAAACAGACAGACAGAUAGCUGGUUUGGUAGACAGACAGACAGACAGAUAAAUUAAACAAUAGACAGACAAAUAUGAACACACAGAGACACAUAGAUAAAUAGACAGACAUACAGAUGUGAACAGGGACAGACACAUAAAUAGAGAGAUCAAUAGAUAGAUCAGCAGAUGGUUUGUCAGACAGACAGACAGACAGACAGACAGACAGACUGGUGUUUGGAAUGAGAUUGAGCAUUAAAAGAAUGUGACCUGUAACACUUAGAAAACAUUGAUAAGUUUAAACUACAUUUUAGUUAGUGCAUACUAAAAAUGUAAUACUUACUAGUAAUUCAGUACCAACAUAUUAUUGGGGGAAAAAAUCCUUCUGAUGAAUCCUACAGAUUUAAGAUACUGGAACCAGAUCAUCAGUGUUCUCCCCUUCACUUAACGAGGUGGUUUUAAUGUUGUGGCUGAUUUGACACUCUUAGCAUGGGAAGGUACCAAAAUAUUUUACUAGAAGUCCUUUUAAAUCAUUUCUGGUUCAUUCAUCAUAAAAUUCUGACACAGUAUUAGGAACAAAUGCCAGAUUUGCAUUUUGUCAAAAAAUGUAAAACUGUUUUAUUGUUUUAUUUUUUGUAUAUGUUUUUUGUGUAGUAGUAAACAUAUGCAACUUUGCUGAUGGACCACCUGUGGAAAAUAUUAAAAAUACAAAUUUUAGGGCUCUUUUUUCCCCCUAAGUAUCCUGCAUGAGAAUGAAUAAUUAAUAAUUCCAAAUAAGCAGUGGCUAAAACCUAAAUCUUAAAAAUAGCCUAGUGUCUCGUUGAUGUUAUGAUGUUAAUUAGAUCCAUUAUUCCAGUAUUCAUAGCUGGGACGAAAUAUCGGCGCUGCCACUGUGUUUAGGAUAACACUGGUUCGAAUCCCGGUCAUGCAGCUUGCUGUCAGCUGCCGGAGCCCUGAGACAGCAGAAUUGUCCUUGCUCUCUCUGGGUGGGUACAGUACAGUAGAUGGCGCUCUUUACCCUCAUCUCUCCUAAGGUGAUGUGGAUCAGCACAAGGCUGCGUCUGUGAGCUGAUGUAUCAGAACCGAAUCGCUGCGCUUUCCUCUGAGCGUUAGCGCCGUGCUGUGAUGCUACUCAGUAAUGCUACAGCAUCAGCGGCAGUUCAAAAGGAGGCGGAGUCUGACUUCUCAUGUAUCGGAGGAGGUGUUUGCUAGCCUUCACCCUCCUGGUGUUGUGGCAUCAGUAGUGAAUAGGGAAGUCCUAAAAUAUAAAAUAGCAAUAUUGUGAUAUAUAGUACCAUUUUUGUUUUUGAUACAUUAUUAAUAUGUGGCUUCUCCCCUCUUAUUUAACUUAUUAAAAAUACUGCUUCAUUACUACUCCACAUGGUGGCGCUAUAAUCAAAUGAAUAGGGAAAACCUUCAAUGAAGAAUAUUGGAUGAUUGGCACACCAGUAAAUCCAUAAUUCCUGGUAUUUGAUUAUUUAGGAGUAUUUUAUUCUCUUCAGUAACGCAGAUGCAGUGAAGUAUCAUAGGGAAUUAUCCUAUAAUAUAUCGAGUAUCACAGGAUCACAGUAUCGUGAUAUAAUCGUUACCAUGGGCAACGUAUCGUGAUGAUAUCGUAUCAGGAGAUGCCCUGUAAGUAUCCAGGUUCAGUAAGCUUGUGUCUCAGCAGACCCCUCUCUGAAUGAUGAUCUGUAUCCUCUCAGACGCUGGAUUCUGCAGGAGCUCUGGUGGGUUUGGUUUAUCUGUUAGAUGGUUGGUUUCUUUAGGCCUUUGUGAGGUGGAGAGCUACAUUAUCAGCUGUUGUUUGAGUGUUUAUUUAUUUACUCUGUGUAAUCCACUGUUAGAACUGUAAACUAAUGGAGAAAUAAAGAGAUGAAUUUGUUGUUAGAA